ACAGGUUUGACAUAUGGAAGGUAAUGGGACACCCAACACUACGUGAUUGGCUGCCGGUGGACGCCCGGGAUGCUGCUAUAUAGGAGCGACCUCCUCCUCCCUCUCCUCUGCCUUGAAUACUGCUCCGGAGGUGGGAUCUCAAUCCACGUACGCGAUGGCAGGGAAGAUCUCGACAUUGAUCUUGAAGGUUGACCUUGACUGCCACAUCUGUUACAAAAAGAUCAGGAAGACUCUAUGCAAGAUCCAAGAAAAGGAGAACAUCAAGACCAUAGCCUAUGAUGAGAAGAACGGGACGGUGACGAUCUCUGGCCCCUUCGAUCCUGAGAAGCUGUCCAAGAAGCUGCGAUGCAAGGCCUGCAAGGUGAUCAAGAGCAUCCAGAUAAAGGAGGAGAAGAAAGAGGAGAAAAAAGAGGAGAAGAAGGAAGAGAAGAAGGAAGAAAAGAAAGAAGAGAAGAAGAAAGAGGAGAAGAAAGAGGAGAAGAAGAAAGAGGAGAAGAAAGAGGAGAAAAAGGAGGAGAAGAAGGAUGAGAAGAAGGAGGAGAAGAAAGACGAGAAAAAGGAGCAGAAGAAGCAGGAGACGAUCAAGAUCGAGCCGGUGGUGGUGCCCUGCUUCUGGCCGCCGGGGCAGGUGUGCUGCCACAGGCCGAGCUACGAGAGCUACCACGGCGGCUGCAGGUGCUGCUCCUGCGGCAGGGUGACGGGCCCCCAGCAGGUGGGUCCACCGAUGGGCUACGGCGGGCCCUACUACGCACCACCUUGCAAGAGUUACCAGUUCUUCUGCGAAGAGGAUCCAUCCACCUGUAGCGUGAUGUAAUCACCUAAUCUCUCUCUCUCUCUCUCUCUGUUUGCAAGGUUAUAACGAGCACUCUAAAUGUAAGGUUUGUGGGAUUAUUAUUAUUAUUAUUAUUAUUAUUAUUAUCAUCAUCAUUACAUCA